AUGAGAUUCUACUACUAAUAUCUCUUAAUUACCUUAGUUCUCGUUGUCAUGAUGAGUCAAUCCCAGUGCAUUAACAUAAAGUCAAAUAUGCAAAAUAAAGAUCAAGUGAAAGCAUCAAACGCUGCAGGAUAGCCAAGACCUGCCUGGUGA